AUGAACAUAACCUAUAAAAUCUCAAAAAUUUACACUGCAGUUAUAAUCAUUCCUUAAGUGUUUUAGUUAUGGAAUGACAAAGCAUAAUUAGUUGUAACAUUAUUUAGCAUUUCGUAAUAUUUUAAAAGGCGAAAAAUGACUAUACACAAUUUUCCUGUUUUAAAAAACAACAGGAUUCUAAAAGCUGUCAAAGGAGAAAAGCCAGACAAGCUACCAAUAUGGAUAAUGAGGCAAGCUGGACGAUAUUUACCAGAGUUUAUGGAGUUCCGUAAGCAACAUAGUUUCUUCGAAAUCUGCCAAAACCCUGCCUUAGCUUGUGAGGUAACAUUAAUGCCUAUUAGAAGAUAUGAUUUAGAUGCAUCGAUAAUUUUCAGUGAUAUUCUAGUGAUUCCGCAAGCACUGGGAAUGACGGUCGAAAUGAAAGCUGGAGUAGGACCUGUUCUACCAGAACCCCUUACCUUGGAAAAUAUUAAAGAAUUAAAGAAAGAUAGUGCUUUAUCGAGACUGAAAUAUGUAGGCGAAGCUAUUACGUUAACUAGACACAAAUUGGAAGGAAAAGUGCCCUUGUUUGGUUUCUCAGGAGCACCUUGGACUCUAAUGGGCUAUAUGAUUGAAGGGGGUGGCUCGAAAACACUUAGCAAGGCUAAAAAAUGGUUGUACGCGCAUCCAGAGAAGUCUCAUCUGUUGUUAUCUUUACUGACGGAUGUUAUUAUUGACUAUUUGAUCAUGCAAAUAGAAGCCGGAGCACAGCUUAUUCAGGUUUUCGACAGUAGUGCGGAAUAUCUCAAUAAAAGUCUGUAUGAAAAGUUUUGUCUACCAUAUCUGAAGAAAAUAGCGCAAAAAUUGAAGAGUAGACAAGCAGAGCUACAUGAAGACGUUCCACUGGUGCUCUUUGCCAAAGGGGCUCACUUUUGCUUAGAGGAACAAGCGGAUUUGGGUUAUGACGUCUUAGGCAUCGAUUGGACUUUAGAACCAAAAUUCGUAAGAUCCGUGCUUAAAAACAAAAACAUUACACUACAAGGGAAUUUAGAUCCAUGUGCGUUGUAUGCCCCGAAAGAAGAUAUCAUCGGAAUGGCAAAAAAUAUGAUCGCGGAAUAUGGUACUGAAAGAUACAUCGUUAAUUUAGGACAUGGGAUUUAUCCAGAUACGCCCUUGGAGGCUGUAAAAGCAUUUAUUGAGGCUGUUCACUCUGUAAAAUUAUAGGGUUUUUAUAAAUAUUCUUAAACUGGUAUGGUUACUCUUGGCUUAAACGCAACUUGGAAAACUGAUAAAAUCCAAGUAUUAUAAUUUUGGGACACAAUAUAUACAGUUUUAUUAAAAUAUUAGUUGUUUUUUAUGUGGAAUUUUAAUAAACAUAUUUGUAAUUACGUUAUGUGAAAAUUUUUAAAUAAUUUUGCUUAUAAACUCACUUCAUAAUCUUGUAAAUUGUUAACUUUCAGAGUUUAUCAAAUUUCGAAGUAAUUUGCUCGGUAGGGUCAAGUAACUUUUUUUUCGUGUAAUAAAUUUCACUGCCCUUCAAAAGUCUUUAUUAAUAGUUUGUAAUUUUCCUCCAUUAAUAAAUAGUACUAACAAUUAAGAAAUUAUAAAGAUACAUAUUGAAUAUCUGAAAAUACAGUUAAAAUUAGAAACAAUCAUAAAAUCACCAUAUCAUAUAUAUUAUCAUAAACGUGAAUAUUUGCACGUAGUUUAUUGUACUGUCAUUGAGCAUUUUUCUGAUUAUAGAUAUGAUCUCUAUUAAUCAAACAAAUUAUCAGACAUAUUAAAUACUAAAACAGUC